UGCUCGUUCUUGUUUUCCCGUUCUUCUCCAAGCAUAUUUUUUUUGCUUUGUUUUUCAUUUUAUUUAUUUUUUUUUUUCGUAGACAUUGAUACAGAAUCUUCUUUAGUUAACAGUUUUGCUGGUAUGUUGAAUAUAGGAAUCUUUAUUCCGAUCGAUGAUAGUUAAAUUAAAGACUACAAUCAAAUGGAUGACAUUUUAAUUCAUAAAUUGAUAUGUGUUACAGGUAUAGCAAACGAAAGAAUAAUUGUAAAUGACGGAGCGAUAUGAAUCGCCGGAAGUGAAGAUCGUAUUGUCUAAGGAAGAGAUUCACAAGAGAUAUCAAGACAUAUCUCUAAUCAUAUAUAAAGAACAAAGUAAGAGAGAAGUGAAUUAUUUAACUUUUGGAACGAGCCGCAGAACGAUGGAAUACAGUAAUUACGGAAAUCAUCCCGUUAUUGUGCGGAGACCAACUGGCUCUUUGACAACUCGCAAUGAUGAAAACAUAUCUUCCCAAAUACUAAGGAUAUAUCGAAAGCCUCGAGAUAGUUGUGCAAUAAAUUAGUUUAUGCCUCAAUUAUGGUUUUUAAUUUUAAAUUAAAUUGUCGAUUAUUUAUUUA